CUCAGCAUUAUAUAUUUCUCUAAACUUUAUCUUCCAGCAAUCUGAAGAUGGCGUUGCAAUAAAAUCCCCUUGAAAAUCAUCACAUCGCCCCAUAGACUCCUGAGAUAAGAAUCUCGAACUUGUCAUAACCACAAGGAGACCAGUUCUAGAAAUUUAAAAAUAUAAACACACUUACCUCCAUCUUGCAGUACCUUGGCGAGGAAGAAGAGGAGGAAACGAUUAAUGGAGUCAGAACUUCAGAUGCAAUGCUGAUAGUUUGAGAGGCAACGACCCUGCAUGUCCUAGAGGAUUUUACAAGAAUACAAUCAACCAUGGAUAACUGCAAUCCUCGUAUGUCUUCUCCUUUAUCGAGAAAUCGGAGCCGAAGGAGCCCCUCGCCAACGCCAUUUUUUCUAUACAAAAGCGGGAGCAAGUCGAGGAGCGAGUCCAAUUAUCGCUACACUUCACCUCUUUUCAGAGAGCCAAACAGGAGAAGCACUACGCCUAUCACGUUUUCAAAUUCAAGAGGGGUGAUGAAACCUCCGGCAGUUCAGAAGAACCUCGAAUGCACCCUGGAGGAGUUGUGUUAUGGAUGCACCAAGAAGAUCAAGGUUACGAGAGAUGUCCUCACAAGAACAGGGAAAACAAUCCAAGAAGAGGAAAUACUGAUGAUAGAAGUGAAGCCAGGAUGGAAAAAAAGAACAAAGAUCACAUUUGAAGGAAUGGGAAACGAGAGACCUGGAACUUGCCCAGCUGACAUAACUUUUGUUAUUGCUGAGAAAAAGCAUCCUCUAUUUCGGAGAGAAGGAGAUGACUUGAAGAUAAUAAUAGAAAUCCCCUUAUUCAAAGCUCUCACAGGCUGUGAAAUUUCAAUCCCUUUGCUGGGUGGUGAGAACAUGCCUUUGAUGAUUGAUGAUAUUAUUUACCCUGGAUAUGAGAAGAUCAUCCAAGGAGAAGGUAUGCCAAUUACAAAACAGCACGGAAAGAGAGGAAAUUUAAAAGUCACCUUCCUUGUUGAUUUCCCAACAGAACUAACAGAUGAACAGCGAUCUGAUAUUCUUAGUAUUUUAGAGGAUUCUUCUUGAAUCCUUUUUUCAGUUUUCUGAAGGAAUUUCCUCUGUUUUGUGCUUGCAAUUCUCUUUUCAUAGCACUUAAAGCACUCAAAUACAGAACAUUACUGCAUAAUUAGAAGCAUAAUUCCCAAGGUAUUAUCAGAAUGAAUCA